UAAAAAUAUCAUACAUUAAUAAUGGGGAACACUCAAGGAAAAGAAGUAUAACUUAAUUUGUAAUUUAGUUAUCUCCAUAAAUGAGGGAAAGAGUCCUUAAAUUAUUUGCUAAAUUCGAUGUAGAUGGUUCUAAGUCUAUUGAAAAAACAGAAACAAUUAAAUAUUGGUAACACUUUUACUUUACAACUGCAGGAAAAGCAAUUUUGCAAAACUCAAUACUGAAGAGUUAUUCAAAUCAGUCGAUACUGAUAAUAGUGGAACAAUAUCUGAAGAAGAAUGGUUAAAUUUUUGGACUAGUGUCUUAAGAAGUGGACAUACUGAAUAAGAAAUAUCUGAUGAAGUACUUUAUAUAUAUAUUUAUUAGUUAGAAUCUAUUGAAACAGGAUCAUCCUGGUGUAAAUUUGAGAAUUUAGAUAAAAAAAGUUGAUCCCAAU